AUGAGCAACGCCGACUUCAAGGAGUACCUGUUUGGCCCCUGGAAGAUUGCUGCCGAGGAGGUGUUUGCAACCUCGCCCCACUGCUUUGCUUUUGUGAACCUGAAGCCGGUGGUGCCGGGGCACGUGCUGGUCAGCCCCAAGCGCGUCGUGGCACGCUUUGCUGAGCUGGCGCCUGAAGAGGUGGCUGACCUCUGGUGCCUGGCCCAGCGCGUGGGCACCGCCGUCGAGCCUCACUUCAGCGCCCAGUCGCUGACGCUAGCCAUUCAGGACGGGCCGCAGGCGGGGCAGACGGUGCCGCACGUGCACGUGCACAUACUGCCCAGGAGGCCGGGCGACUUCCAGCGCAACGACGAGGUGUACGACGCGAUAGACGAGGCAUCCCAGGACGCCGCAGCUUCGCACACGGGCGAGAAGCUGGACCUUGACAAGGAGCGCAAGGUGCGCACACCAGAGGAGAUGGCGGCAGAGGCUGCGCAGCUGCGCAAGCUAGUACGCUGCCGCGGCUUUGUGGGAGACGGCACGCAGCCAGCUGCGCAGUACCACUCUGCCGACUUUGCCUGGGAGGAGGUGGCAGAAUUAGGGGUGGCCACGGUGGAGCGGCAGCGCCGCGAGCUGCGCCAGCAUUUGCUGCAGCAGCAGGGGCAGGAGGAGGGAGUGCGCUGGCACAGCAGGCAGCAAGCCGCAGUCGUGGCGACUGGGCUGGCAGAGGCGGCGCGGUGCAGCGUUGGCGAGGAGGGCAGCUGGGCGAGCAGCAGCAGCAGCGGCAGCAGUGGCUACGAGUCUGACGACAGCUGGGAGCGGUUUCAUGCGCAGCACAGCCAGGCGCGCUUCUUCAAGGAGAAGCGGUACUUGAUGCUGGAGUUCCCUUCCUUGGCGGUGGCCCACCCGCCGCAGCACAUUGCCGAGAUUGGCUGCGGCUGCGGCUCGGCGCUGCUCCCGGUGCUCAAGGCCAACCCCUCCUGCCGCGUCACCGGCUGCGACAUCAGCCCCACAGCGCUGCACAUGUUCCGCCGUGCCGGGGAGCAGGCUGGGGUGCAGCCGCAUCCACACCUUGGUGCUGGAUGCCGCCGCCAAUGGGAGCGCGCACAGCGAGUGCGACGGCAGCAGCGGCAGCCCACUGGCAGGCCUGCACGCCGACAGCCUAUUGCUGGUGUUCACUCUGUCGGCACUUCCACCAGAGGCGCACGGCGCUGCACUGGCGCAUGCUUUUGCUGCUCUCCGCCCUGGGGGUCUGCUGCUCUUCAGGGACUAUGGGCUGUACGACAUGGCCCAGCUGCGGUUCCCGGGGGCGCAGAUGCUGGGGCCCAGCCUGUACCGCAGAAGCGAAGGCACGCUGGCCUACUUCUUCAGCGUGGAGGCCCUGCGUGCGGCGGCGGCGGCGGCUGGGUUUGAGGAGGUGGAGUGCGAGUAUGCGCGGGUGCAGAUGCGGAACCGCAAGACCGGCGCCGCCAUGCGUCGCGUGUUUGUUCACGGCUGCUUCCGCAAGCCGGCUACAGCGAGUGGUUGAGCCGAUAGAGCCGUCGCACAACCAGACCUUGGCUGCUCUGCUGGCGCUUGUUUAGAAACUGGUAAAUUAGAAAGGGGAUA